GGUGUUAAAUUAAUAUCGUUAAUAUUUUUUUCUUAAUAUGUGUGUUAAAAUUCAACAAAUCAUUUAUUAUAAAACGGAGGAAAUAAUAAAUAAAAUUUUGCAUCAGGAAAAAGUACAGAUAAGAGAGUUACGUCUAAUUACAUUAAUCUUAAUGAGAUAACUAUUCUUCAAUUCACAAACUAGUCUUGGUGAAAAGAGUUUUUUUUAGUUUUCCAUCCGGUGUUCGAUACCCGCAUUGGAGCUCGACUAAUCUAAAUUCGCGCCGAAUAAGACCCCAUUUGAGGGGGGUAGCGUUCCCAACAGAGUUUUUUCCAUAUCUAGAGUCGAACUCUCGAUCUCUAGUUAAGUAUGAAGCAGCCUCAUCCGUUGUACCACAACCCUUGUUGGUUGGCGAAAAGAGCUAACUGGUAGUAUCUAUUGCUGAAAAUGAUAGAUAUUCCAUAAAAUUAAUCGAGAUAUACACAAACUGACCAAAACAUCACGAUUGUUAAAUUUCUUGAAACAAACUCCUCAAUUUGAAAGGCAUAGCUCACUAUCAAGUAAGAUUAUUUUAUUUUUUUAUUUUUCAAGAAAGAUAAUCACACACACAACUUUGUCCACCUGACAUUUUUUAUAUAUAGAGAAAAAAAAAAUUAAGUGCCAGAAAAACUUUUAUUCUCAUCAAUUACGUCACCUCAAACGUCAUGUGUCUAAAUUUGGUCCUCAAACAUGUUACUCCAAUAUAUAUAUAUAUAUAUCCCUCUAAUUAUCAUCGUAUUAUAUAGUAACACACAAUUAUUAAGAGUAUUCAUACAAGUCAAUAUUUCUCCUACAAAUUUCUCUCACACAAUACUAAAGUCUUUCAAAAUUAGGUUCUCUAGCUUCUAUUUUCGAAGUUCGUUCACUUUUUUAUUUAUAAGUUUGUAUCAAUCAAAGUCUGAUAGUGUAACAAUGUCUCGACCUCAUAUCCUCUUGGUCACAUUUCCAACACAAGGCCAUAUCAAUCCAUCUCUCCAAUUUGCCAAGAGGCUAAUCAAAUUGGGCAUUGAGGUGACAUUUGCUACGAGUGUUUCCGCUCAUCGUCGUAUGGCGAAGACCGCGGCUUGCACGCUUCCCGAGGGCUUAAACUUCGAGGCAUUCUCCGACGGAUAUGACGAUGGUUUCAAGUGCGACGUGGAUGAUUCUGAGCGUUACAUGUCUGAGAUAAGAAGCCGCGGGUCCCAGACAAUAAAAGAUAUCAUUCUGAAGAGUUCAGACGAGGAACGUCCUGUCACGUCCCUGGUCUACACUCUUCUACUUCCUUGGGCCGCGGAGGUAGCACGUGAACUUCAUGUGCCCUCCGCGUUACUAUGGAUUCAACCAGCAACUGUGCUAGACAUAUACUACUAUUACUUCAAUGGAUAUGAGGAUGAAAUGAAGUGUAACACCAAUGAUCCAAAUUGGUGUAUCCAAUUGCCUAGGCUUCCACUACUUAAGAGCCAAGAUCUUCCAUCUUUUAUAGCUUCUUCUAGCUCUAAAGAUGAGAAAUAUAGCUUUGCUCUACCAACAUUUAAAGAGCAACUAGACACACUAGAUGGUGAAGAAAAUCCAAAGGUACUUGUGAACACAUUUGAUGCACUAGAACUAGAUGCACUCAAAGCUAUUGAAGGGUACAAUUUGAUUGGAAUUGGACCAUUGAUUCCUUCAUCAUUCUUGGAUGGAAAAGAACCAUUGGAUUCUUCAUUUGGUUUUGAUCUUUUUCAAAAGUCAAAUGAUGACUACAUGGAAUGGUUGGAUUCAAACCCUAAGUCAUCAAUUGUUUAUAUCUCAUUUGGAAGUCUAUUGAAUUUAUCAAGAAACCAAAAGGAGGAGAUAGCAAGAGGGUUGAUAGAGAUUAAAAGGCCAUUCUUGUGGGUAAUAAGAGAUGAAGAGAAUGCAAAAGAAGUAGAAAAUGAACAAGAGAAAUUAAGUUGCAUGAUGGAAUUGGAGAAGCAAGGUAAAAUAGUGCCAUGGUGUUCACAACUUGAAGUGUUGACACAUCCAUCUAUUGGAUGUUUCGUCUCGCACUGUGGAUGGAACUCGACUCUGGAGAGCCUGUCGACAGGCGUGCCUGUCGUGGCAUAUCCUCAUUGGACAGAUCAAGGGACUAAUGCUAAGUUGAUUGAAGAUGUUUGGAAGACAGGUGUUAGGCUGAGAGUGAAUGGAGAUGGUGUGGUUGAUAGUGAAGAGAUAAAAAGGUGCAUAGAAAUUGUAAUGAAUAAUGGUGAAGAAAUGAGAAAGAAUGCACAAAAAUGGAAAGAAUUGGCAAGGGAAGCUGUGAAAGAAGGUGGAUCUUCACAAAUGAAUCUAAAAGCUUUUGUUCAACAAGUUGGCAAAGGUUGUUAGAGAUUGAAUUUUUAGUAAGCAAUAUAUUGUUUUCCUAUUUCUAAUUAAUAUUCUCUUUCCUAAUAAAAUUUAAUGUUUAUUCAUCGUA